AGCUACGUCGGCACUAAGUGACGGACGAAACACGCGCUGUAAGUUCGGGUCGGGUCCCGACCUCCGCAUUCCGCGAUGACAAGCUUGCCACGCUGCAGUAGCCCAUAGGCGUGAGCGAUCAUUCGGAUCAACUAAGUACAGAAACUGAAGCCCUAAGAUUCAUCACUGGUUUGGCUCGGGCUGCCGGGGGCCGGGCUCCUUCGCACGCUUCUCCCCACUCCGAAAGCUACGGUAGGCCCUGGGGCACGGAGGACGUGGGUCCAGGCCGAAGACGGUUGAGGCACGACUGCGCUGUCCCGCCAGCGAGGGAAGGAGGAAAGUUCGCCCUCGUUCCUGCAGCUACUAGUCUGGGCAGCUGACACAGAGAAGGCUGCAGACCCAAGGUACCUGGGCAAACAGUGUGCAAGAUGGGACGGACGUCAAAGGACAAGCGGGAUGUCUACUACCGCCUGGCCAAGGAGAAUGGCUGGCGUGCCCGCAGUGCCUUCAAGCUGCUACAACUCAAUGAGGAAUUCCAACUCUUCCAAGGCGUGACACGGGCAGUUGACCUGUGUGCAGCCCCCGGCAGCUGGAGCCAGGUGCUGAGCCAGAAGAUUGGGGGCCAGGGGUCUGGCCAUGUGGUGGCCGUGGACCUUCAGGCUAUGGCUCCACUACCAGGUGUAUUACAGAUCCAGGGGGACAUCACCCAGCUGUCCACAGCCAAGGAGAUCAUCCGGCACUUUGAGGGCUGCCCUGCGGACCUAGUGGUGUGCGACGGGGCUCCUGAUGUAACUGGCCUCCAUGAUGUUGAUGAGUAUAUGCAGGCCCAGCUCCUCCUAGCCGCUCUGAACAUUGCUACACAUGUCUUGAAGCCAGGGGGCUGUUUUGUAGCCAAGAUCUUCCGAGGCCGGGAUGUGACGCUGAUCUACAGCCAGCUGCGUGUAUUCUUCUCCAGCGUGCUCUGUGCCAAGCCUAGGAGCAGCCGGAACUCCAGCAUCGAAGCCUUCGCAGUCUGUCAGGGUUAUGACCCCCCUGAGGGCUUCCUGCCGGACCUGACUAAACCCUUGCUGGAUCACUCAUACGAUCCAGAUCUCAACCAAUUAAAUGGUCCCACCCGCAUCAUUGUGCCAUUUGUGACCUGUGGGGACCUGAGCUCCUAUGAUUCAGACCGCAGUUACCCACUGGAUCUGGAGGACGGCUCAGAGUACAAGUACACUCCACCCACACAGCCCCCCAUCUCACCACCGUACCAGGAGGCCUGCACGUUGAAGAAGAAGGGGCAGCUUGCCAAGGAGAUCCGCCCCCAAGACUUUUCCAUCAGCACAGUGGAAACAUUGCCCCAGCCCCUGGCUGCCCCACAGCACCACACCCUGAUGGCCUCUGAGGUGGAAGACAGUGAAAUGACUUGUUCAUCUUAACACAUUAAGCUGGCAGUUGCGACAACUCAGAAGCUGUUUGCCGUCAGGAGAACCAGAACUUGCAUUAAUGAACUUGUUUUUCAAAUAUCUCAUCAAUGGGUCCUGAACACAAGCUCCAAGUGGAAACGACCACCAUGAACACAGCCAGAAAAAAACAUCACGGAAUGUUCGUUUGAACUGCAGAAGGGGUCCUUGACUGAGAUCUUCCCUUCUCUCUAAAUCUUUCCAGGAGUAUCCAUGAAUUUGAUGGAUGAAAAUACUACAUCUUUAUUUUCACUAAUAUAACUGAAAUUUACCCUUAUUCCCAAAUAUGAAUUCUAGCAAUAAAUUAUGAUCAUAAAA